CGCGGAACCUCCGUGCGCGGCGUGAGGAGCCGGGCGGGCCGGACAGUGCGGCGGCACGAUGAGCACGAAGCAGGUGACGUGCAGGUAUUUCUUGCAGGGCGUGUGUCGGGAGGGCAGCAAGUGCCUGUUCUCCCAUGACCUGGCCACCAGCAAAUCCUCCACCAUCUGCAAGUACUACCAGAAGGGGCAGUGUGCCUACGGCUCCCGCUGCAGGUAUGACCACGUGAAGCUGCCCCCGGGCGGAGCCGCGGCCCAGCCGCCCCCCGCGGCCCCGGGCAGCCCCCGGGCACCCCCCGAGCCCGGCGCCGGUGCCCCCCGCAGCCGGAGGGAGAAGAGGACGCUGGUGCUGCGGGACAGGAAGCUGUGCGGCUCCAGCGAGGAGCAGGCGCCGCCCUCGGCGGCCGGGGCGGUGCCGUGCUGCCCCGAGCCCGGCGGUGCCGAGGAGGAGGAGCUGCCCAAGCCGCACUCGUACCUGGAGGCCAUCUGCAGCGGGCUGGAGGAGGCGGCGCCCGGCGGCUGCCCCGGCGCCCCGGCCGAGCAGCUGUGCCCCUACGCCGCCGCCGGCGCCUGCCACUUCGGGGAGCGCUGCCUGUACCUGCACGGGCAGCUCUGCGAGAUCUGCGGCCUCCAGGUGCUGCACCCCUUCGACCCGGAGCAGAGGAAAGCCCAUGAGAUGAUGUGCAUGGCAACCUUUGAGCACGACAUGGAGAGGGCCUUUGCCAUCCAGGCCAGCCAGGACAAGGUGUGCAGCAUCUGCAUGGAGGUGGUCUAUGAGAAGGCCUCAGCCUCAGAGAGGAGGUUUGGGAUCCUGUCCAACUGCACCCACACCUACUGCCUGUCCUGCAUCCGCCAGUGGAGGUGUGCCAAGCAGUUUGAGAACCCCAUCAUCAAGUCCUGCCCCGAGUGCCGUGUCAUCUCCGAGUUUGUCAUCCCCAGCGUGUACUGGGUGGAAGAGCAGGAGAAGAAGAAUGAGCUGAUUGAAGCAUUCAAGCAGGGAGUGGGGAAAAAGCCCUGCAAGUACUUUGAGCAAGGCAAAGGCACGUGUCCCUUUGGGGGGAAGUGUCUGUACCUGCACGCCUACCCCGACGGCACCCGCGCCGAGCCCGAGAAACCCAGGAAGCAGCUGAGCUCCGAGGGCACUGUCAGGUUCUUCAACUCCGUGCGCCUGUGGGAUUUCAUCGAGGACAGGGAGAGCCGGAGCGCGCCCGGCGCCGACGCCGAGGUGACGGAGCUGGGGGAGCUCUUCAUGCACCUCUCUGGGGCUGAGGAGGAGCCCAGCGAGCCCCCAGAGCCCCUCUGAGCCCCCCGAGCUGCCUGCCAGCCAGGCUUUUAUCCCUGCAGCACAGGUAGAGCAAAACGUGCCCUGCUGGUCACUUGUGCAGUCCUGGUAAAGUUUUCAGAUAGUUUUUAUAUGGCAACAACAACAAAAGACUAAAAUAUAUUUAAAUGAAAAACAAAAAAAAAAAAUUGGCUGCAUGGAAAAAAAUCCCUUAAUCCCAGGAGGGUUUUGUCCCUCUCUGGCCUAACAUAUGCUGUCUUGUGAGCUGAGUGGUAGUGUAAAUACAGGUCCAGUGAAAGCUUCAGCUGGUAAAAACUGUUGCUAAUUAGAGUUUGGGUGCUUUUGGGUUUUUUUCUCCACUAAAUCAGCUAAAUGUAGAAGUAACCCACUGGGAAUAAUGGUCAGUGUAGGGUUUUCUCCUUAAUGAUACCUCAGGUAGUACCUGGAGCUCAGAGUGGGGGCUGGUGGGUUCUCUGGGCAGGCCUGGCUCCCCAGUGCUGCCAGGGGAGCCCCCAGUCCUGUUUUACACUAAUUACAGUGUAAUGAGCCUCU